GGAAGUGUAGCUACGGCUAAUUUGUCUUUGUUGCUCCAGAAGAGGAGAUUCCUAGGAUGCUUGCGAAUAAAGACGCCAAAGAAAGAUAGAGACUGCACUCUGAAGCACUGAACCUUGCUGAUCAGUGCUGCCCAUGUUUUCCUGACUGCUCCAGAAUAGCAGAUAAAGUGGCCUCGUGAAUAGGAAUGCCUGCCCCAAUGUGAGGAUUGGAGAUAAUGGAUAAAGAUAGAUUAAUUGAAGAAGUCCUGGAUAAGUUUGUUAAUUGUCAUGAGCAAACAUAUGAAGAAUUUCUGAGCACUUUUACUCAUCUUUCAAAAGAGGAUGAUGUGACCAAAAGUGGAGCAUUCGCAACUGAUUCUUCAGAAAAAAUAUUUACCUCAACAAAGUCUACUCAUAAAAACGAACCAAGAGACCACCAUCUUAGAAAUAAAACUAUCUUUCUUCAUACUUCAUCACAAUGUUCAGAAGAAGAACAGAUAGUGGCGGAUGAAGGUCAAAAAGUUGGUAGUUUCUUACAAGGUGAUCUGAAUCGGGCAGGAAAAGUGAAGGUAGACAAUUUUCUAGACUUAGAAGAUUUGGACAUGGAUGAAGAGAUUCAGCCCCAAACGAGCAAGAACAUGCUGCUGCUUCCGGGAGAAGCAGAACAGAGUCUCAGCACCCACAUCCCGUCCUAUCAUCCUUCUGUGGACCGGCCACUCACUGGAGAAGUGAAGCCCGAGUUCACUGUAAAAGGAGCGGACAGGCAGAUGGAAGAGAUACUUGGAGAUGAAGUUCAACCCUUCUCACUCGAUGAAGAAUUUGAUUAUGACAGUGUUGUGCUAACCCCCAAGUUCAGUAUUGCAGAGAUAGAAACCCUCAAAGAGCUAUCCACGGGAAAGGGAAAGAACAGCAAUGCAGACUUAGCGGAACCCCUUGGCUGAUUCACUAAAGCAUUUUUGUGUUUAUUUUAAUUUACUCUUAUUCAAGCAACAUCAGAAUAAAAGAUUAACCUACGAAUUUUC